GGCCGGGAGCCGAAGCCUGGGGGGGGUGCCCCGCAGCGGCCCCGCAGCCCUUGCGGGGGGUAAUUGUGUUAUGCAAAGUAAAAGAUGGCAGCCUCGGGUCCCAUUGUGGCUUCAUUUCAAUUGGAACUGAUCGGCUGACAAGUUCUAAGUGAAACUGUGGAACUACCUGAAAUUACAUGCACAUGCCUUAUCUGCCCAAAGGUUGGUCUUUUCUGGAGUGCUGUGGUUUUCGCAUUCUCCAUAUUUGCUGAAACAAGGCAGUAAAGGUGGCCCACAAAGCUGUAUUCUGUGGUCAAACGCAUAUCCAAUGAAGGUAGCAACAAAGGUUAUGGAGGCUGUUUGGCUGCGUUGUGUGCACUUGUUAUUCUUGAAGCUCACAGUGAUGUGAGGAGGAUAGAUGCGAGAGUGUGCGAAUAUGUUAUUUUUGACCUUGACUAUCCCCGAUUGGAGCGGUCUUCUCGGAUCAGCUGGCACAAGGAGAAUACAUCCUCCCAGCACUGUACGUCCAGCAACCCCGAGCAUGACCGGCAUGUUCGUGUCUUUCCUAAUGGGACGCUGGGGCUCCGCGUGGUUGGGAAGGAGGAUGCAGGAUGGUACGCAGCCAUGGUGUGCAACAGCUCCCAGCAUUGUCUCUGCCGAAGGCAAUUUCAGCUACACGUGCAUGGGCACCUUGUCAGAGGGCACGUAGGUGACUGUGUUACUUUUGACCUGAACUGCGUGCAGUCAGGCGGGUACGUCCAUGUCAUUUGGAGGAAGGACAACCAGCGAGUGGCCAAGAUAAAACAGACAGAAAAUGCCUCUGUGACCUACUGGAACAGAACCCGUAUGUUCCCCAACGGCAGCUUGAGCCGUUGCCCCACGCAAUGGGGGGAUGAGGGAGAGUAUGUGGCAGAUGUAUAUGCUGAGGAUGGCACGUAUUUGCAUCAGGAAACUUUUAACCUGGAACUGAACAGAGUGGAAACAUCCCAAGAAAUCACGGAACUGACUGGUGGAUCUGUAUUUUUGAAUGUAACGGAGACAAAGCUGAAACACUUCUUCCAGGUAGUCUGGAAAAAAGAAAACGCAGAAAUUGCUCGGACAAAUGGUUCUUGGUUUUGGUACCAUGAGGAGUAUGUUAAUAGGUCUGAGAUUGUGUCUCAUUACAGUCUCAGACUAGACAGGAUUCAGAAACAUGACAGUGGCAAUUAUUCUAUAGAACUGACUGACAGAGAUGGGAGAACUGUCUAUGAAUGCAUUGCUGAUGUGAAAGUUGAGGAAAAGGAGACAUUUGGAAGAAAUCUUCAUGUACCAUUCUAUAUGCUCAUAGUGUCACUAGGAGUUGUAAUUAUUACUGCCUUGGUUGCACUGAUAUGGCAUUUUCGGAAGCGCAAAGACAAAUCGGUUUGGAUCUCAGAAUCAAGCAUUCGACAUGCAAGUUUGAUACUUACAGAUGAAGGAGACAAUCCUGAGGGAUGUGAAGAAAGGAAUGAAAACAGUCUGUGUACACAUGGAAGUCCUAUGCAGGAACUAAAUGGUACAAGCAUCACUGAGCAAAGGAGUGAAGAUUUGCUGAGAAACACCGAAGAAGCUAACCCAGCAACAGCUGACAAAAUGGUAUAUUCCUCUGUCCAGAGAGUUAAGAUGGAGAAAGACCCAAGCUGUCAGGGCUCAAACUCUGUAAAGCUUCUGGCUUCAGCUAAUGGCAUGUAUGUUGCCCCAAACACUGAGAACACCACCCAUCCAGAAUCUGAGCACUGCAAUCCUUCAGGAUUUGAGGACUGCCUUUCACCAGGUUUUGAUCACUCCAUUCCCCCCAGUGUUUGAUGGCUGUGCUCCUGCAAAUGCAGUGAAGGAGACACGUUCUCUCAGUAUGCUCCUCAGAAAAAGACAUAUGCUCUCAGUUCUCUCUCAAGAGCACAAGAGGACUUCCAGAAGAGAAGUGGUACUGGAGAUUCAGUACCCAGUUCUUCCCAUUGAUUUGCCAGGAAAGACAUCCACAGUACUGGACGUGAGGUUUGGACUCUUCCUUCUCUCCCAGCUAGCUUUGAGCUAACCUUGCAAUUCUGCUGUUCCUCAUAUAAAUCUGAUUGUUUGCUUUCAAAAAUGGGCUGGAAGCCUGAAAAGAAAUCUAUCUGUGGAUCAGUUUGUUUUCCAGAGCUGAUGCCCUCUUCCCUCUGCUAUUGGUCUUCUGGGAGACACCAUGAGGAACCCCUUGGAAAGCAGUCAUGGUAAUUAUCCUCAGAAGAAUUCAGCCCCUGCUUCUCUUUGCUUCCACUAACAGAUGUCACUGUGAAAAGAGAAGGUCCUCGGGGAUUUCUGGAGGCCAGAACAGGGCUUUGACCUCAGUCCCCAUCUCCUCUUGGGUAGUCCAUACACCUGACUGAAUGGACAGAGGAACAGGGCAAACACCUUAAACAGCUCAAUGGACAUGGGAUGUUUGCUUAACCCUUCAUCUAACCCAUACAAUGUUAAUAAAACUGCAGUUUAACUUGGUAGAUAUAAGCAUAAUCUUACUUCUGUUUGCUUAGACGAAUGUGCUGCUCAGGUGGAAGUCAGUUCAAACUGUUAUUAGGAGACUGGAGCUACACUGAAGAACAUGCAGCAGCUUUGAUUUAGGAACUGUUAUUUGAGAAGGAAAAAAGAGAAGGAAAGAAAACAGAACACUGCUAGCAGAUGGGUAUAGCUAUUUAUAUAAUUGCCAUUAAUGACCAGCCUUGGUAAUUAAUGUUGUAUUUUCUGCAAUGCCUGUGUUAAAAUUUAUCUUAAAUAGUGUAUAGUAAUUUUAAGAUGGCUUUAUCUU